CAGAGAGAGAGAGUGAGAGAGCAAGAGACCAAGAGAGAAGGAGAGUGAGAGAGACACAGAGAGGGUUAGGGACAGAAACGGGGGAAAACAUUGGAGUCAGAGGAAGGAGGGGGGAAAGCUACAGUGGUUCUCCGGGCUCUGUAACAGGACAUGGAUUUGCGCUACCAGGGAUCAAUCCUGGGUGGAACUGCCGUAACUCCAACGCUGGGUCCAGAGGGGGUGCGCCGAGGGGGGCGGCGCAGAGUCUGAUCCCAGGAUGCCCUCUGUGUCCCUCAGCCUGCCCGCCACGCUGGCUGGACACGCCCGCACCUGGGUCUGCCUCUCCUGCAUGUUCUGGCCGGAGGACUUUGAGGCGGUCCACUCCCACACCUUCAGAGUGAAGACGUUCAAGAAGGCCAAGGCCUGCGGGGUGUGCAAGCAGACGGUCAGCAAGGAGGGCCUCAUCUGCCGAGUAUGCCGAUUAACUUGCCACAAGAAAUGCGAACUGAAGGUUUCUACGUCCUGUGUCCCUGCUGCCAACUAUGAGCUGCCUCCUGGUAAUGACAUUCCACUAAAGCAUGUAGAAGCUACGGGCUCCACCAAAUCCUCCAGGAGUAUGGAGUCUCCACGCCGACCAUCACGAAGCAUGAGUAUGCUUCAGCUGGCGGAGGAGAACUACGAGGUGGACCUUGUCUACAUCACAGAGCGCAUCAUCUGCGUCUCCUUCCCCAGCAGUGUGGAGGAGCAGAGCUACAGCGCCAACCUCAAAGAGGUGGCCAGCAUGCUGAGGUCCAAACAUGGCGACCACUACCUGCUCUUCAACCUCAGUGAGCAGAGAUAUGACAUUACCAAGCUGAACCCCAGGGUGUUGGAUUUUGGCUGGCCAGAUCAUCAUGCCCCAGCACUGGACAAGAUCUGUAGCAUGUGCAAGGCCAUGGACACCUGGCUGAACGCAGACACCCGCAACGUGGUGGUACUGCACAACAAGGGGAACCGAGGACGGAGUGGGGUGGUGAUCGCAGCGUACAUGCACUACAGCAACAUAUCGGCCAGUGCUGAUCAGGCCCUGGACAGAUUCGCCAUGAAGAGAUUUUAUGAAGAUAAAGUGCUUCCUGUGGGCCAGCCCUCCCAGAGAAGGUAUGUGCAGUAUUUCAGCGGCCUGCUGUCAGGACACAUCAAGAUCAACAACAAGCCUUUGUUCUUGCACCACGUCAUCAUGCACGGUAUCCCCAACUUCGAGUCCAGAGGAGGUUGCCGCCCAUUCCUGAAGAUCUACCAGGCCAUGCAGCCUGUUUACACCUCUGGCAUUUACAAUGUCCAAGGCGACAGCCAGACCAGCAUCUGUAUCACCAUUGAACCCGGGCUGCUUCUGAAAGGGGAUAUUCUGCUGAAAUGCUACCACAAACGCUUCCACAGCCCCGCCCGAGACGUGAUCUUCAGGGUGCAAUUCCACACCUGUGCCGUGCAUGAUUUGGGCGUUGUCUUCGGCAAGAACGAGCUAGAUGAGACCUUCAGAGAUGACAGAUUCCCAGAGUACGGGAAGGUGGAGUUCGUAUUUUCCUUUGGGCCAGAGAAAAUCCAAGGGAUGGACCACCUGGAGAAUGGCCCAAGUGUUUCAGUUGACUAUAAUACCCAGGAGAACCUGAUCCGCUGCGACUCCUAUGAGAACUUUAACCAGCGAUGUGAGGACAGUGUGGAGGACGUUGUUCACACGCAAGGCCCGCUUGACGGCAGCCUCUACGCCAAGGUCCGUAAGAAGGAGUCCAUUGAGGGGGCGGUCACUGCCAACGGCCUCCCCACUGUUGACCACGCCCUCCCUGCCGUCGACCACGCCCUCUCAGUGAGCAGUGACUCGGGGAACUCCACCGCUUCUAUCAAAACUGACCGGACUGAUGAACCAGGCCAGCAGCUGGCUCCAGUGACCCAGGCCGCUGCUCCACCAUCGACCACGCCUUCGGCCCAGCCCGCUGCCCCACCCGCCGCACCACCCUCAGCCCAAACCCAGGCCCAGGCCCAGGCCAUAUCUCCAGAAGAGAAGAAAGAGCUGGAUCAGCUGCUGAGUGGCCUGGAAGCCCCCAUGCACAGGCAGGGCGGAGCUGGGGGCGGAGGAGUGCUCCACCUAGUGCCCGCCCAGGUCCAUGUCAAUGGGCACAACAGUUUGGACAGGGAGACGGACAUCCUUGACGACGAUCUGCCCGUUAGUGUCGACAGUCUGGGCACCCUCUCCUCCUGCGAGGGCCGGGCCACUCCUGCAGAUCUCUAUUACCAGCCCGAAACAGUGAUCAAUGGUGAGGACGGUCCUUACCUAGAGCAGAGCAUCCCAGAGCAGAGCACCCAGCCACAGACUGCCCCUGAGAAGGUUCUCCCAGAGAAGAUCAUCCAGGAACACAACAUACCACAGCAGGUCAUCCAGGAACACAGUGUCCCACAGGAGAUUUUUGUGGAGCACAGCCUCCCACAACAGAUCAUCCAGGAGCACAGUGUCCCACAGGAGAUCGUCAGGGAACACAGUGUCCCACAGCAAAGCAUCCCGGCACAGAACAUACAGGAGCACAGCAUCCCAGAACAGAGUGUCCCACAGAGUAUUCCGGAGCAGAUCGUCCAGGAGCACAGUGUUCCGGAACAGAGUAUACCAGAGCAGAGUGUUCAGGAACAGCUUAUUCAUGUACAGAGCACCCCAGAAGAAGUCAUCCUAAAGCAAACAGUCCCAGAGCAGAGCAUCCAGCAGCCAAGCACCUUGGAACAGAGUGCCCUGGAGCAGAGCGUUCCAGAACAGAGCGUCGAAGCCAAGGUCCCAGAGAUGCCAGUGCAGCAGAUACACAGCUCUGCCUCUUUGGAUGAGCGCAUCACGGACCCCACCUCUCUGAGCGGUCGCGGUGAGCUGAGCGGUGCCCUCAGCCGCUCACAGUCUGCUGGAGCGGCGCCUGGCAUGGAGCCCACAGGCAGGGUUCUACCGGUGGCCCCCACCCGCAGCACGAGCAGCAGGGAGGCGGUGCAGAGAGGGCUGAACGUGUGGCAUCAGUACGGCAUCCCCGAGGAGCCAGUCACCGACGGCGUCCAGUUCACCCCCGGCCCAGCGGAGGUCCCUGAUGCCACCUCCCAGCGUGAGAUCGAGCGCUCCAUCGAGGCCCUGAACAUGCUCAUGCUCGACCUGGACCCCGCCCUCACGCAGAUGCCCAAGUCCUACAGCGCCCCUGUGGUGCUCGGGGAGGGCAGUGUGCCCCCUGCCCGUGUCUCUCACCCCCCGGAGGAAUCAAAGAUCCAGAGCUCUGCCCCGCCCGUCACCGCACCUAGCUCUUCCCUUGUCUCCCCACCUGCCUUGGCCUCACAGGCUCAGGUAGCUGAGCCUCCUGCUCCCACAAGCCUGCAGCAGCAGCCUGUUGCUACGCCCCAGCCCAGUUCCACGGAGCCCUGCAGCACACUGAUCCAGGAUCAGCCAAUCCCCCAGCCCCCAGCCCCUGCCGUUGGCCAGCUGCAGCUGAAGCCCCUCAACAUAUACCCCGCCAGCACAGUGACCAGCUACCCUGACCCCUCCCUCCACGCGGGGGUGCAGCGCAGCCACAGCGAUUCCUCCAGCCCCCUGCCUUCCCUCAUCCCUGCCAAGGAGGGAGAGGAGCCCGAGGAGCAGAACUACAACCUAGAGGGCCUGGUGGCACACCGCGUUGCCGAGUAUAACGCUCGCAUCCGGGGCAUCUGUGACAGCAUGGCCAUGCCCCAGUCUGAUCGCCAUCGCUCCUUUUCCUUUUCUGGGAUGCAGUCUCAGGCGAUGUCGCCAGAUGAAGGCUCCGCCCCCAUACGGCGGCGCACCACCAGCGAGGGACAGUACCAGGACAGCCCUGACGGAGGCCCCGCCCCAGGGAGCAAGGUCCGCUCCCCCAUUCGUUGCGUCUCCCCCGAGUUUGUCAAUGCCAUCGCUCUCAACCCCGGGGGGCGGCCUAAGGAGGGACCCAUGCAUAGUUACAGGGAGGCGUUUGAGGACAUGGAAGGGGGUCCCAUCAGCCCCACCCACAGCUCCGGCGGUGAGGCCCUCCCCCUAACCCCAGCCUUCCCUGUGUCGCCACAAACCCCCUACUUCAACAUGUGUCGGUCCCCCCCUGGCCUGGCCAAGACGCCCCUGUCCGCCUUGGGCCUGAAGCCUCACAACCCGGCUGAGAUCAUGCUGAACCAGACCGGCUCAGAUGCAGAAUAUAGCCCUAUAAGUGAUGAUGAGGAAGAGCCACGCAGUUAUGUGGAGUCGGUGGCUCGGUCUGCAGCUGCAGCUGGAGCUGGCAAGCAGGGGGUCCCCCCCGGCUGCCCUGAAGAUGGCCUUGCCAGGAAAGCUGCCCCCUCCAGCAGCCCUGUUGACAUCACUGAUGGUGCUGUGGGGUUAGUCAACCCUGCCAGCCCUGUGGAGAACUCAGAAAAUGUAUACUGCGCACCCACAUUCUCAUACCCCAACUCAGGCAGCAUGGCAGACAGCUAUAUGGGUCCUGAGGAUGCCCAGGUCAAUAUUAUGGGUGUCCACACAGUUCCCGGGAGCCCCAAGACACUCCACCGGACAGUGGCCACUAACACACCCCCCAGCCCUGCUCUACAGCGCAAAAUGGCCAAUCAAGGCAGCCCUGCCAUGGGUCGACAUGUGAUGCCAGCCAACAGCAGUGAGCCCAGGAUAGAGGGAAGCCCUGUACUGGGUCAUCAGCCUGCCAUUCCACAGCCAACUGGCGGUAGCCCAGUGCUGGCCAGAGAGACGCCCAUCACACAACCAACUGGUGGGAGCCCACUGUUGGCCAGAGAGAUGCCCGUCACACAACCAGCCGGUGGCAGUCCAGUGCUGGUCCGGCAGCCCUCCAUCACACAGGUGACCGGUGGAAGCCCAGUGCUGGCCCGACAGAUGCCCGUCACACAGCCACCUGGCAGCAGCCCAGUGCUGGCCAGAGAGAUGCCCGUCAUACAACCAACUGGUGGGAGUCCAGUGCUGGCCCGACAGAUGCCCGUGACACAGGCGACCGGCGGAAGCCCAGUGCUGGCCCGACAGACUCCCAUUGCACAGCCAACUGGCGGCAGCCCUGUGCUCACCCGACAGCCUGCGAUCCCACAGCCGACCACUGGCAGCCCUGUGCUUGCUCGACAGCCAGCCAUCACACAGCCAAUUGGCAGCGGCCCAGCACUGGCCCAACAGCCCGCUGUCCCACAGCCAAUCACAGGGAGCCCUGUGCUGAGCCGACAGCCGUCCUUCCCGCAGCAAACCGCCGGCAGCCCAGUGCUGGGCCGGCAGCCUACUGUCCCACAGCCAGCUGCCGGCAGCCCAGUUUUGGGCCGGCAGCCGUCCUCGAGGAGCCCCAGCCUGGACAGGCACGUGACGUACAGCGGCUACACCACGCCGGACGAGAAGCAUGGGACACUGUCACGGCAGAGCAGCUCCUCGGGGCACCACCCGGCCUCCACGCCCUCAUUCCCCAUCUCACCUAUGGGCUCCAUGGAGGGGGCAGCACUCUGGCAGGGGAGCCCUGCCCCGCAGCCCCAGCUCCCAGAGAAGAGGCGCGUGUCCAGCGGGGAGCGUCCCAACGGUGUCCUGUCCUACGGGACACUCAACGGGAAAACGUCCUCACCACUGCCCAGCUCUACCUUCUCCAACACCCUGCCGCAUGACUUCUCCAAAUUUGGCAUGUAUGACGGAAGUCCGGAGUCCAGGCUCAACGUGAAGUUCGUCCAGGACACCUCCAGGUUCUGGUACAAGCCAGAUAUCUCGCGGGAGCAAGCCAUCGCCCUGCUGAAGGACCGCGAGCCUGGAGCCUUCGUCAUCCGGGACAGCCACUCCUUCCGGGGGGCGUACGGCCUGGCCAUGAAGGUGUCCUCCCCCCCGCCCACUGCGCAACAGAGUAAGAAAGUUGGUGAUGUCACCAGUGAGCUGGUGAGGCACUUCCUGAUUGAGACCAGCCCCAGGGGGGUGAAGCUGAAGGGCUGUCCCAAUGAACCCCAUUUCGGGUGUCUGUCUGCACUGGUGUACCAGCACUCCAUCACUGCAUUGGCUCUUCCGUGUAAGCUUGUCAUCCCCACGAGAGAUCUUCAUGAGGAGACCCCAGAAAUAGCCACACCCACCAGUACAGCAGUGGACCCCCUGAAACAAGGAGCAGGGCCCAAGGUCCCUGCGGACUCCCAGGCCUGCAACGUCCUCUACAUAAACUCUGUGGACAUGGAGUCACUUACCGGGCCCCAGGCUGUUGCCAAGGCGAUAUCGGAAACCCUGGCAGCCAAUCCGCCACCUGCCGCCACCAUUGUCCACUUCAAGGUGUCCACACAAGGCAUCACCCUCACAGACAACCAGAGGAAGAUUUUCUUCAGGCGACAUUACCCCAUCAACACUGUCACUUUCUGUGACAUUGACCCCCAGGAGAGGAAGUGGAGCAAAGCAGAGGGUGGGUCAGCGAAGUUUUUUGGGUUUGUGGCUCGCAAACAAGGAAGCACAACAGAUAAUGUUAGCCACCUCUUCGCUGAGAUGGACCCCAACCAACCCGCCACCGCCAUCGUCAACUUUGUCUCCAAGGUGAUGAGCUCACAGAAACGAUGAAGCCUCCCCCCCCCCUUUGUUGCUGUUCAGUUUUUUGUUGUUUGUUUUUUUUUCCUGGAGAACAGCUCUUUUAGUGUUUCUUUAUUUUGACUUUUGGCGUUCCUAAUUCCUGAUUUCAUUUGUACUGGAAGGACUUGGGGUGGAUCUUGAAUGUGGGGCAGAGGAAGUGCGAGGGGGUGUGGCAGUUUUGGGGGUUUGGCAGUUUCUGGGGGUGUGGAAAUUCCGUGGGAGUGGAAGGAGACUCCACCUCUCUGUCAGGUGUAAGAAGAAGAGGAAGUGAUGUCGGAGAUUCCUGUAUAAGCAAAGAGGAGCAAUGAGGAAGCUGCAAUCUGUCAGGCUUUUGGAUAGAUCAACCAAAGAUUAGAAAGUAUUAAGGACAAGGAUGUAAGUAUGGGAUUGUCUGUUUUAAACAUAUAAUAUUUUGUAAAAUAGGACUGCUGAAAAAAAACAGACGAAAGUAUGCUUUCUACAUAAAGAGUAUUGAUAUGUAUUUUUCUGAAAAUUGGCUGUAUCCAUACCUUCUUGCAAUGAGUAUU